AUGGAAAACGAAGCUAAUGGUUUGAUAGACUCCUUCGUGGCCAGACACACUAGAGAUCCUACCUUACGCUUGGAACUGCUUUCUCGAAAUCAAAAUGGCUCACGCCAUGACCAAGACACAGGGAUGGGGGCAGAGAUUGCCGGGUCAAACAACAUUGCUACCGACUCGUCUGCAGCUGGUUCCCCUUCGGCCGAAGUUUUCCUAACAAACUCUCAAGCUUCAAAUUUGUUUGCAUUGUCUCCGCUAAACAUAGGACCUUGGAAUGUUGAGUCUUUAGAGUCCACGAAUAACAGUCGUCUUGCAUUGGUGCAAGGGGUAGCAAGAGCAACGGUCCAAAUGAACAGGGGAAUGCGAGAAAGAGAAGAGCGUGAGCUGGAGCGGGAACAACUUCAAAGGGACCAGGAAAGAGGGAAAACAGAGAUUAGAAUGAGAAGAAAUAGAGAAAUGAUAGGAAGAGAGAGAAAGGAAAUAAGAAGAUCUAGUGGAUGGAAAGAAUGGCAAGAGGCAGUUCCUGGACCUUGGUGCUCAUGCCGCCUCGAUGAGUUUGUGGGAGACACCAUAUGCAGAAAAUGUGACAGACAGAGAUACUUAGAAAGAAACAGUGUUGUUACCAAUGCAGCAGAAAAUUUUGAUCGACGUCCUGGUCAAUCUCGUGGCCUAUUGACGAACAGAAGAUGUAGCAGCUCUCUGCUUGAGUUGGAACAACUCGUGGAAGGAGCGUGCGCCUCGGUGGAAAGGGUGUCGAGGGAGAGAGAAAGUGAAGAGUUUGGUCGGGAAAUUAAAAGAAAAGAGCAUGAAAUACGAACAGAAAGAGCACGGAAGAAGAGAGGAAAGGAGGCAAGACAGCCUCCGGAAGUUAGCAUGUGGCCUCAGCAGCUAUUUCAUACACUUCUGUGUAACUUUAGCGAGGCAUUUGAGGAGAAUCUAAGAGGGGAGGAUCCUGGAAGACAGAAAAUUGUGAUGGAUCACCCUAUGCAUCACGACAUCUCCAAAUGUGAUGUUUCUCUGAACAGACGGCUUCAAGGAAAACCCAAAUACAUUCCACAGUCAGGACAAGAUGAAUGUUGCAUCUGUUUGGAGGUAAUGACUGAGAUUAAAGGCCCUGAUUUUAGCAACUGCUGCAAAGCACGAUUGAUAAAAGCAUUUGAGAGUCACUUCAUUGGCGUCUUGGAGGCUAGAUGGCUGAUCACUGAGUAA